GGCAUUUUAAGUUUAAGUAGCAUCGAAAAUGUCACUGUACCAUUAGCCAUUAGGUACCUUUAAGUGGUACACAAUUUGUACAUCGUUAAAUAUUAGCCUCUUAUUGUAAUUUUCAACUCCUUUAUGAUUAUUAAUAAUGCUUUUCCUCUGCUUGAUCGUUAUUUGCCUGUAUCUUAAUGAGUUCACUUUGGCUUUCACCCCUACCAAUACAGUUUGGGGCCACAGCGCCGUAUUUGCAGAUUCUAGAAUAUAUAUUACAGGUGGUAUCAUUCCCAAAAACCCGAUUGGUUUUGAAGGAUCAACUCGUUCCAAAGAAUUUUAUUAUUUAGACGUUGAGAAACCCUUUGGAGUCGGAACAGGAGAUAAAUUACCUUGGGUGGAUCUUAAUUCCGAGGCGCAAAUUCUUCCAGAACAUGCAUGGAGCGCGUUUUCAAAUUGUGGACAAGAUGAUACUCUAAUUUUGUUUCCUGGAGAAUACAAUGACCCCAAUCUUGAAGAUCCAACAGUCUACACUUACAAGUUAAGUUUACGUCAAUGGAACAGCUUUACGACCGCCAAUCCACCUUCAUUAAAUUAUCACAGCCAGACCCAAACCGUUUGUGAUGUUAGAACUGGAACAAUGUAUAUAUUUGGUGGCAUAAGACCAAAACCUGAUACUACAAAUAAAUUUAUGAAUAUUUUGGAUACAUCGACGCUAGUGUGGCAAAAUAUUAGUAUAGAUUUUGCUAGGUUUGAUCAUACGGGUACAUUAUUACCAAACGGUAAUAUUAUUUAUAUAGGUGGUAGCUUACCUGAUGGCAAAGGAUUUGCAGAAAUGUCAGAGCUACUUUUGUAUAAUACAAAUAAUAAUACAUGGACUUCAAUGAAUGCAAUCGGUAAUCCGCCAACACCUCGUGCAUACCAUUCUGCUGUUCUGACUCAAGAUGGUCGUAUUAUCGUGUAUGGAGGCCUUACUAAGGAAGGUGGUCCUGCAAAAGAUGAUCUUGUGAUAUUAGAUACAUCACAAGCUGAUUAUACAUGGUCAAAAGCGUAUGUCUCCACAAAUUCACCACUUUCACGUUAUUACCAUACGGCUACUUUGGUCGGUUAUUAUAUGAUCGUGGCUUUCGGAAAAAAUGAUAUUAAAUUACCAUUACCAACAUCAAAUGAAGUAUUUAUUUUAGACACGCACGAUAAAUCUAAUUACAAAUGGAUUACCGAGUUUGAUCCAGAUCUAAAUAUAUAUAAAAAUCUAAACAAAAAUCUAAGUACUCAAACCAAAAAUCUUACCAUAGGAAUUAUAAUUUUAUCAAUCGUGCUUGCUUUGAUAGGGGCUUCAUUUCUUAUAUACUUUUAUAGGAAAAGACGACUAUCAAGACCAGAUAUGCUUGUACCCUCAUCACAAGAUUUAUCCCAAUCACAGGAUGUACUCUCAUCACAGGAAGCGAAUUAAAAACUUGGAAAGCCGAUGUGUAGGUUUAAUAUGAUUAAUUCAUUAAACAGAUAAAUGUACCACUUGACUAUUUCACAAAAAAUAAUUGUAUAUGCCAUCAUAUUUUGUAUGAUAUUAAAGUGGUUAAUUAACACAUAUGAUUUUAUAAAGGAAAUUGAUUAAUCGAUAACUUAAAAAUAUCAGUUAAGAUUAUUUAUGCAAA